AGACGGAAAAGCCGGAAAAAGAUACGAGAAAUGCCUGCAAAGAAAAAACUUGAAGGCAAAGCUAAAGCCGGGAGUAUACCGGGGGAUACAGGAUCUGUGGCAACCGCGACUAUGGUUCGGUGCCAAAUGCCGCCGCGCGCCUGCAAGAGCAAGAGCCAGAGCGCCGCCAGGUCCAGUCUUAGUCCCAGCCGCCUGGCCAAGAAGCCCAGCCUGACGCCGACCACCGGUUCUCAGGCGCCAUCGCAGACCAUCGCAAAGUCGAGGCCCACCGGUCUCGAGACGAUUUUCGAACGGCCCGGCAAUGAGGACGACGGGCCCACCAGCAGCCAUGCCGUGGCAUUCGGCGAGUGCCAGCGCCGCGUCCUCGCCCUGGGUACGGGCGAAAAAAAAGAACCCUGUCGCAGAAGAGCUGCCUGAAGGUGCGCAACACCUUGGGCGAACGCAGCACCCGGCACAUGAUGACACUGCGGGCGUCCCGCACUACUUUGGACAGCGUAAUGC